AUGAAGGAGAUUGAAAAUCAACUUUCCAAACAACAAGUUGCAGAAAAAUUAUACGAGAAUAUUUGUACUCUCGAUCAUUCGUUCGGAUUUGAGAGUCUUAAAAGAAAUAAUAUUCAGUAUUUGAAGGAAAAUAUUGUUAUAACAAGUGUUGGUAACACCAUACAAUUUAUUGAUAUUGCGGAAUCAAGAUAUAGAUGGAUUAAUGUACCCGGUCAUGGAGGUAUUGGAGCUUUAGCCCUCCAUCCUUCGAAAAAGUGGGUUGCUAUCGGAGAAAAGAGUAGAGAAAAACCAAAUGUAUAUAUUUAUGAAAUAACAAUAGAGUCAGAUAUUGAGAGUAUCUCAUUAAAGCCAAUUAAAACAUUAAAAAAUGGUACUUUGAGAGCUUUCUCUUCGAUGGCAUUCAAUUCUAAGGGAAACAGAUUGGCUACAGUCGGAUCAUCUCCCGAUUAUUUACUCACUAUUUGGAAUUGGGAACAGGAAAAAAUAGCGCUCAGAUAUAAGGCCUUUGGUCAGGAUGUUUAUUCUGUUUCAUUUUCAGCAACAAGUGAAGGACAGCUUACCACAAGUGGUACAGGGCACAUCAAAUUUUGGAAAAUGGCAAAAACAUUUACUGGAUUAAAGCUGAAGGGUCAGAUUGGUAAAUUUGGUAAAAUUGAUAUAUCUGAUAUUUCCAGUUGUGUUGAGCUUCCUGAUGGUAAGGUAUUGUCUGGCUGUGAGGACGGUUACCUGCUGCUUUGGGAUGAGAACCUUAUCAAAUGU